AUGGGAAAAGGAACGGAUAAGCUCUACAUCACGCACUCCGAAUGGGCGUCGGACAAUGCAUUCUCUGCCAGUGCUGGCGCUGGAGUUGGGAAAGCUAAACGAGGUGGCUCUCAUGCAGCAUUCAAGCGCCUCCCGUUCAACUUCUGCUCCCUGUCACUUCAACCUUUUGCGCAUCCAGUUUGCACACAUACAGGGACCAUCUUUGACCUGACCAAUAUUCUCCCUUGGAUUAAAAAGCAUGGAACAAACCCGGUGGAUGGAUCCUCACUGAAGAGCUCUGACUUGAUCAAGCUCACCAUCGCGAAAAAUGAGGAAGGUGACUACGUCGACCCAGUGACCUACAAAGUUCUCACAGACAACACACACCUUGUCGCGCUACGGAAUACAGGAAACGUCUUUUCUUGGGACACAGUCGAACGCCUCAACAUCAAAGGAAAACUAUGGCGCGACCUGGUUACGGAUGAAGAAUUUAGUCGCAAGGAUAUCAUCACUCUCCAAGAUCCUCAAAAUGUCGAAUCUCGCAAUCUCAGCUCUUUCAAGUAUCUGAAGGAGGGACAAACCGAGAUUUUGGACGAUCAACAAUCGUCAGCCAGCGUCAACGCCAAUGCGCUGGGGAGCUCGGCAAAGAUAUUGAAAGCAAAGGAGGCCGUCGCAAAGGCACGGGCCGAUCGGGUACAGCAGCAAGGUAAUGCUUCUGCUUUGAAGGCAGAUCCCAAGUCAGGGGCCUUGACUUCUGCUGGAAAGCCCGGCCCAACCCAACCGGCAAAGCCUACACCUUAUAAUGCUGCGCGGUUCACCACCGGUAAAGCUGCUGCCUCGUUUACAAGUACCGGUCUCACACCCCACACCACGGGGGAACUAGCUCUUUUAUCUGAGGAAGAGUAUAUGCUAAAGCGAGGCCGGGUAAAGGCCAAAGCAUAUGCGCGAAUUGUGACCACCGCGGGGCACCUCAACCUGGAGUUGUAUCCUGAAUACGCCCCUAAAGCCGUGUGGAACUUCAUCCAACUAUCAAAGAAAGGCUACUACAAGGGUGUCGCCUUCCAUCGCAAUAUAAAAGGCUUUAUGAUUCAAGGUGGUGACCCUACAGGUAGUGGACGAGGUGGUGAGAGCAUCUGGGGCAAAUAUUUCGCCGAUGAGUUUGAGGGGCCUCUAAAACAUGAUGGACGAGGUACACUUAGUAUGGCCAACAAAGGAAAGAACACCAACAGCAGUCAAUUUUUCUUUGCCUACCGAGCUUUGCCUCACCUAGAUCGCAAGCACACCGUCUUUGGUCGGCUUAUCGACGAUCCGACUCCAUCUUCCACAACAUUGAACUCCCUGGAAACUAGCCCAGUUGACUCAAAUAACAACCGGCCUACCACGGAGAUUCGCAUCAAGGAUGUAAAUAUCUUUGUAGACCCAUUUGAAGAUUUCCUGAACCAAAAGCGUGCCGAGGAUGCUAAAGGCGGCGCUACCGACGUCCCUGAUGACGACGACGAGGCCGCUCGCCGGGUGGAAGAUGAUCGGAUGACCUGGACUGGAAAGCGCGUGCGUGGUCUUGGUGCCGAAUCAGCUGACAGUGCAUCUAGCGGAGUUGGGAAAUAUCUCAAGGCCGCCCUAGCCGACCGUGGCGAAGAAGACGAGAUUGUGGAGUAUGUUGAUGAAGAACCCGUCCCAGAACCUGCACGCAAAAAAGCGAAAGGAUCGGGCGGAUUUGGAGAUUUCAGCUCAUGGUAG